AUGUUCAUGCGGAACCUCGAGCAGCCCUACUCGCUCUCUUCUCGUCCCGAAGAACGCUGGCUCGGCUUCCUCCCCCUCUAUCACGCCUACGGCCAGCUCUGGUCCAUCGUAUCAGCUGCCCGCACGUUGUCCCCAUGCUACUUCAUGCGCACCUUCAACUACACCAAAUUCCUCGAAAACAUCCAGAACCAUCGUAUAACGCACAUCCAAACAGCGCCCCCUGUACUUGUGAUGCUUGCGAAGCGCCCAGAAACUUCCAAGUACGACCUAAGUUCUUUGAAGAAUAUUCUAUGCGGCGCGGCGCCGUUGUCGAAAGAGCUGCAGAACGAGGUGUCGGAGAAGUUGGACCUGAAAGUCGUGCAAACUUGGGGAAUGACGGAAGUUACCUGCUCCGCUCUCCAUGUGCCCGGUGGCCGCGAUGACCGCUCUGGCAGCGUAGGGUACAUCGACCCGAAUUGCUCUAUGAAACUCAUCGAUGACAACGGGCACGAGGUAGGUCCCGGCGAACGCGGCGAGAUACAUGUCAAAGGGCCAAACGUAUGCAUGGGAUACUGGAAGAACGAGCGCGCGACGCAGGAGACGUUCGAUGAAGAGGGGUUCUUGAAGACUGGGGAUGUGGCGAUUAGGGAUGAGGAGGGGUGGUUUUGGAUCGUGGAUCGUAAGAAGGAGUUGAUUAAGGUGAAAGGGUUUCAAGUGGCUCCGGCUGAGUUGGAAGCAUUGUUAUUGGAGCAUGAGCAUGUGGGUGAUGCGGCGGUUUGCGCGUUGCAACUCGAGCACGAAGAACUACCGCGGGCAUACGUCGCGCUCAAGGCUGAUCACAAGGGCGCAUCCUCGGAGUGGGAUAUAGAGAAGUGGAUAGCGGGUCGUGUCGCCAAGCACAAGCAGCUUUCAGGAGGUGUCGUUUUCAUCGACGAAGUGUGA